GCAGAUUGAUGGUUAGACGAAAUACACUUGCAUUUGCACAGUACAGGUUACCUUACCAACCCGAAUACUACCAAGACGAAUUUCUUAAAUCCCGCGAGGAAAUAUUAAAUACCUGAAGAACCCACAUUCGAACAGAGCAGGAGACAGUUAUAUUCCAGCAGGGCAGAAUUUUGAGCAAACAUGUCCUGGCACUUCGUAGAACGUUGGUUACAAAAGGUCAACCAACAUUCGACCCUCAUUGGAAAGUUUUGGAUCACUUUCCUUAUCGUGUUUCGAAUCGUGGUUGUGUCCAGUGUGGGUGAUCGUGUGUAUUCGGACGAGCAAAGCGAGUUUAAAUGUAAUUCAAUGCAGGUUGGGUGUCCAAAUUUAUGUUUCAACAAGUUUUCUCCGAUAUCCCACAUUCGAUUCUGGUCGUUUCAAAUCAUCAUGGUGACUACGCCUUCAAUCGUGUUCAUGGUGUAUUCGGCUCAUCAGAUAAAAAAGAAACCGCCCAACAAGGAAAAAUCUUCGGUCACUGGUCCCACCCCGUCACCGACCAAAAAAGCAGAGACUGCUGCUGAAGCUAUACAGCUCGAAGAGGAAGAUGAGAAAAAGAAAAGAAAAAAAUCAACUAUGCGGCCUACGUCACUGGCAAACACGAAUGAACAGCAAGACUCCAGGAAAUUACGUCAAUCUGUAAUCCAGGAGAUGUUUGGGGAAGAAAAGGCGGCUUUUUCUCAGCAUUAUGUCCUCUAUACUUCUUCCGUACUGAUGAGAACUUUAGUGGAGAUUCUAUUUAUUGUACUUCAGUAUCGUCUCUUUGGAUUCCGAGUAUCAGAGCUCUACAAAUGUACUGGCGACCCUUGUCCCAACAUAGUGGAUUGUUUUGUAUCCAGACCGAUGGAGAAGACUAUAUUUCUUUGGUUUAUGUUUGUGAUAGCCGUUAUAUGCCUUGCUCUAAACGUCGGUGAAAUGUAUUAUCUCUUAUGGCAGUUCGGUGUUCGUCGUUCACGAUUGGAGAGGAAACGAAAGCGUUAUCGCCGCAGCACAAUCUCUGAAGUCAGAGGCGCCAAUCUAGCAGACGCUGAAAUUCUAGAUGGCGGCGUUUUUCCCGUCCCAGGGGCGCCACCACCCGACUACCGUGGAGCGAUGAACUAUCCAGACGUGGACGCUAUUGAGUUGGUCCCGACAACAGGCAUUGCUGCUGGCACUACAGGCCUUGCGAUGUCUUUUAGUUUAGACGACGCCAUGUUGCCUGAACAUUUGAACACCUCCAGGUACCCUACAGGUUACGGACCGACAACCAGCGCCGGAGGGUCAUCAAGAAGCAACAACAACGCUUACCCCGUACCCGUUGAAGUAUCAGCGGACCAACCAUACAUGGCAAACCCGAGGAACGGCGUCAAAGGGAAACCGAACGACUAUUAUGACUAUGUUUGAACGUAGCAUUAGCAAACACAAUAAGCGAAAUAGAGUUCCGAUAUUUCCUAUCACUGUAUUAAACAUAAUCACUGAAUGUAAGCAAAUUGAGGAUGUGAUGAUAAAACAUCCUCUUGUUUACUGACAGCAACUCGUCUCCCACGUUCUUCAAGUUCCACAUAUAAUAAGAAGCAGAAGAUUUAAGACAUUUAAAUAUAAAUCAUAUCACCGAUGUACUAUCUCGCUUAUCAUAUAUUUGAGGGCAUUGUUAUACAAUGAUGGAAGUUAUUGUGUCCAUUUGUGCUCCAAAUUACACGUACUGACACGAAGCUGUGUGUUUCUUAAAAAUUAUUCCUAAGUUUUUUCCGGCGCCAAUUUUUAUUUAGAUUUCAUAAGUCCCAAUGAAGAAUUUCA